AUGCCGGGCAAAAGAACACAAGAUCAAAGCAACACUCCACAAGCACCCGCAGGCGAUCAGGGUCCAAGUACGGCACCGCAAGGAGAUGAUGAGCCUACCAAAAAACGACGACGUCGAAUCCUCUCCUGCGACGCUUGCCGAAGACUGAAGACAAGAUGUGAAAUCGAGUAUGGCUCAGAUACUUGCUCAAGAUGUCGAAAUCUGAGGAUUACCUGCUUGAAAAGCGACGAUCUAGAAAAGCCAAAUGGGACCAAAGAGACAAAUGCAACUACACAGUCAGAUCUCGUAAAAAGUCUCCAUCGAAAGGUUCUGAAUCUCGAGAGCUCAAUGCAAGAUAUGAAAGUACAAUUGGCGAAUCUUCAGUCUCAGCCUCAAAGAGAACAGCCACAACCACAGAUAGAACAGCAAAACAUCUCACCUGCAGUAUCAACCAAUGAUCGAGUCCUAGUUGACCAAGUCGAACCAGCUGACCAACACGUUCAUGCUGCCCCGGCAGAAGUCAUCAGAAGGGUGGCUUGUCAAGUGGUAGGGGACUAUAGAAGAGCAUUUCACACCAAAGAAGAUGUUGUGUCGAUAGGGAUGCUAAGCUCUGCAACUGCAGACUCUCUAGUCAAAGCCUUUAUAAAAAGACGUCGACAUGUUCUUUUCAUAGAUAGUGAGAGCGAUUUAGUCACAAGAGGGAAUCUGAUCCAGACCUCCCCAUUUCUCCACGCAGUAUGCUGCACACAUGAGAUGAGAUAUACACACCGGAAUCAGCCAGAUGCGUUGAAGCACAGACAAGUAUAUGAGCACUUCGAGGCGGAAUAUGUUGAUAGUUGGCUUUUGAGUGGACAUUGUGCCCAACAAGCCAUGUUGUGCAUCCAGUUUUCAGACAUCAUCAAGCGAAAUAGUGCUGGCACUUCUACCAUGCUCGAUCUUCGUUCGAUGCGACUCUGGGCCCAUGUUUGCUUAGUGCACCUACAUUGGUCAGCUACUACAGGAAGGCCAUCGAUACUGCCAGGAUCCUAUCUCAGUCAGUGCAGAAAUCUGCUCAACUUUGAGCAGGCAACAAUACGUGACGCUAUGCUGUUCGCUGAGGUAUCUCUAUACUGUACGCUUCAGCAGGAUGUUUGUGGAAAGCCUGACUUUGCCAAUGAUGGCAGUUGUGAGAAAUUCACACCCUGGAAGCAGAAAUGGGGGUAUCUUCUUGGCCUGAUACUGAAUCUUAGUUAUUGGAUCGCAAACAUGAUCUUGGCUAAACGAUCUCUUGAUGAAAUUGAAGCUCGUGCCUUAAGCGCUCCUACAUCUGCCUCCCCACAAACACCCCAUGGAACCACGGCACACUUUCAAGCCAUACCAACAAAAGAUCUGCAAGAUCAAGUUUACGAGCUAAGUUUCCAAGUCACUUUAGCUUUCGUGGGGAUCCCAAGCACAAGCUCGGGAGACCUGCCCGAGUUUCAUUCCUUGUGUGUCGCCUACUCCAUGCUCAUUCUCUGUCAGUACGAUGAGUUGCCUUCUUCGAUAUCCCACAAUGAACUCUUCUCUGCCUUGAACGAAGUAAAGUGUCGUUGUAAUGAAUCGAAUGCAUAUUCUGUGGCAGUUGAGUUCAGUGCUGAGAGGGCUUUGGAGAGGCUCAGAGCAGAUACUCAUUCCCUUGCCACGACAGAAUCGGUGGGACAACAAGCACACUUCAAUGGCCCUCCUAGUCACUCUCAGAACGCUGGAAUCAACAGGACGAAUGUGAAUAUCAAUGAGACCGGGCUUGAUAAUCUCGACUUUUUUUUCAAUGGCGGCUAUCUGGAUAUUCUAGACAUUGACAAUUUCAUUCUCUGA